CUAUCCCGAAAGCGUUAAGCAGCUAGAAAAAAACGCGCACCGCUGUGGUUUUUCCUAUCGGCGCCCCGUUGUCGUUUUGUCACAUGGUGCGGCGCAGACGUCUGCCAAUCUCUAUCGCCUUCCACUUGGCUGCAGUGAAAGGCAAAGGGGCUCAGUGUGUAAAAAUGGCGCGCAUUUUUCUCGAACUAUCGGGCUCAGCUAUCGGCAGCGUCGCACUUUUUCCACAGUUCUCUCCUCAGUGCUCUGCUAAGCUCUGUAGCAUAGUCGGUUUUUCCGUUCUACCUCUUUCCUCUACUCUCUAGCCUACCCCCUCGGUCUAAUAGUUCUCCGCUCUCAUCAUCUUAUUCGACUCCUUCAUCUUAUACGAGACAAGCCGAUCGCACUCAAUAAACUUAACAGCAGCGCAGGGAUGUCGUCAUCCCUGCGCUAGCCUGUGAUACCAUUCUAUACCGAAGUGCUCCGGCCUGAAGCUUAAGAUAGCCCGAAAAGAACUACAGCAAGAACUAGACAGGCCAUGCUGCGCGACGAAUCAACCCUCGUCCAUUAUCUUUGCAGCUCGCGCUAAUGAUCCACUCUUCGCAUUUAUCUCGAUUACAUUCGACGCCCAGCGUGGUUUACCUUGCAGAAACUUGAUGAUUUAUUUGGAGCAUGGUGUCGCACGGAAGUAGAAUACCUAGACUACAGAGAAGCUCUGGCAGAAGCGAAAAUGUAUUAUCAAAAGCUAGAUGCUGAUGCUGAUGCAAAUGUUCAAGAUCAACCUGAAGACCCUGACUCUUCAUCACUGAAACUCAUCGACAAGUGGGGCAUGUGGUUUCGAUCCGUGCUUACAUUUUACCUCGAACAAUCUCACGCUCCUGUAGGAGAGUUUUCUGGGACAGACCUGCCGUUGGAAGAUCUCUCGGAUGAUCGAGACCACCCACAGCUUCCGCCUCCGAUAUAUCCCUGUCGGUUGCGUUCCGUCCACUUUCUCUUAAGGUGACGGAAAGUACUGCCUAGCAGUACGACUUCCUCCUCGAGCAUUUUUAAGGGAAGAUACCAUGCUUACCCACAUGAACGUCUAAUAUAAACAAGGGCAGUGUCGUCCCGCAGGCACUUCCGUGUAAACUCAUUGUUAUACUUCUAAUCCUUGGUCCCAAAAAGUGGCCUGACAGCAUUCGAGUCUGUAUCUCUUCAGAAGAGCUUCCUGGAGGCGCGGACCUAGUUUUGCAUGCUGGAGACUUCUUGUAUGACUCGAGACUUUACAAUUUCUAUGAUGAUGCGGCGAAAGAGGAUGCAGGACAUGAAGAUGAAGGAGCCUUUAAAAAGAUCUUUGACCUUCAAGAACGACACUGUCAUUCUCGAUUGGCCCGACUGCAUAAGUGGUGGAAGAAUCUGCGAUGUACGCAUAAAUUUGCCACAACCGGGAAUCAUGACGAUGCUUUGGAGAGUUUGAGGAGUGCUACUCUACUACUGGGGAGAAAGAACUUGUCGCCGUCCUCGUCUCUACUACCGGGGAGAAAGAACUUGUCGCCGUCCUCGUCUCUACUACCGGGGAAAAGGAACUUGUCGCCGUCCACGUGCACAAGUUCUUCAUCUUCCAAACCAAUCAGAGCUGAACGCGCUUUCGACAUGUUUAUUCCACUAUUUGGAUCUUUCUUCGAUACUUCCUCCAUAAGUCGUGCUGCAACAUCAUCAUUAUUCCCAGAAUGGUUGUGGUUUAGAUUCGUGCGAACAUUGACUAUGAGAUGUUGGAGCAAGCCAAGGAUUUGGAGGAGGACCAUGUUGAUGAUCAAACAAGCAGGCACUCAACAUCCACCAAGAGCAUCGACACUGGCAAGCGCACUGACGAACGUCUUGACAUUUUGAUGACACAUUGUUGGAGUCUAGAUGGUGCUUUUAACGCGUUUCUACGCCGUUUUCGCCCAAAGAUGCACAUCGCGGGUCACAGGCAUCAUCAGCGAGGGAUAAGUUGCGUAGUGGAAGAGAACCAUGAUAUUGAGGAUGAUGAAAAACUCCUUGUUACUCAUGAAGACCAUUUGAAUAAGAAACAAGCAGAACUGAAAACACGCAUCGAACGACAACUUUCAUUGAGAAUAAAUGCAGCUAAUAUGUUUAUCAGCCGACCCAGAAUAUGGGUCAUUGAUUUUUAGUGGGGAAAGCAAAGCGCAUACACAAACGCAUCUGUAUGGUCGCUCCUGCUAUAAUCUUCU